AUGUCUUCAGCUUCCAAAAAUGGAGUGCACUUACUUAUGGCCGUUAAGACUCACGCAUGCGCAGUUGUACACUUGGCUGUUGACCCUACAGGGCAGCGGUUGGCAGUGCUGGGUGACGACGGCAUUUUGUUACUUCUGAAACUUUUCCAAUGCCAUUCGCGAGAUAUUAAAACAACAGCAGAGGGAUAUAUAAAGGAUACAGAGGGUCCCCAGUGUGUGGAAGGCAAAUGGCAGGCAGAACCCAUAGGGUUCACUACUACUCCCGAACCUUUAACGCGGCUCGUCUGGGAGCAUCCGCUACUUCUGCUCGGUCAAGUUGGGGAUGCAGCAAUAUUGGCAUUAACUGGAUUGGAACAAUUAAGCACUCAACCUGGUAAAAACGGUGCUGUCGAAAGCGGCAACUUGGGUCUGAUGGGCGGUACAAAAGCUCUCGGUGUCGGCCAGAAAGCGUCCGUGAGCGGUAUCGAUGGGAAUGGGCCAGGAAGUGACGAUAUGAGCUCAGAUUAUACAGGCGAUGAAGCUGCACAGGAAGAUGACAGUGACUCCGCAGAGAGGGAGGCCCGAACCUGUGUCCGGCCUCCCGAGUCGGAGUCUGCCGUGAGUGUUGCGGAAGAUCCAUUGGACCUUACUCAAGUUCUCAUUUUCAGGAGAAUUGAUGUGAAGGUCCCAACUUCAGUGCUGCGGAGCCUAAUUCCUCAAGGCAGAGACCCACAUGAACACGAAGAGAUAAAUGGGAGCGACAGCGAGGGCGAUGCGGCCAGCGACCACGACACGUCCUCUGUAGCCUCUCGUGAGGCCCAGCCCAGAACGGCUUCCUCUAACGGUAGUCUUGUAGAACAGUCAGCAGCUGCUGACGAAACCCGGCGUGCGCUGGCAGCAGCAAUGAAACAACAACAGCGGCGUCGGGCAGCGGCCGCCGCGGCCGCCGCUGCAGCAUCCCGGCUUACUGCAAUGACAAUAGCAGGGUUGGAGUGGUUGGAGGCUUUAUCCACAGCAGGCACGUCUGGACCCUCUGUUUUCACUCCUGCAGCUUCCAUAACAGCUCGCCCUCUAGUGUCUCUCUUCACUGUCCUCCAGCAGCUCAACAACGAAAAAUCAGAGAAUGAGUCGACUUCGGGACCUCACGUGGCUCAGUUGGUUGUGGUGCCCCAACGGCAUUUGCUCCUGGUUGGCACAUCCGAUGGGAGGGUGAUAAUGUUUCCCGCCGACACUCCGACUGCCUGCGCUGCGGCUAGGGUCUUUGACAGUCACGUUGGGAGUGUUACAAACAUUAUAAUCAGGCAGCUUGGCAGCACCAACAUAUGGGCUUUAGUUGCUGCAGCUCAGAACGGAGCUUGGUGGAGAUGUGAAUUUGAGUAUGACAUCAUCCUUUCCCUCUGCAAGGAGGCACAGGAUGCUGAAAGAGGAUUUGAGACACAUGGGCCUUCCAAAGCUGACGAAGACCGCAUGGAGGCACAAAAGGCGCUUAAGGGUGGACCAACUCAGCAGGCAGAAAAGCACCAGCAACAGCAACAGUUCCUUCGUCGCCUGCUCAUGCUUGAUGCAGCUACCUACGACGAUCAGCCUACCAACGAAGUUGCUGCUUCUCUGAAUGGGCACACUUCAAAGUAUGUCACUUUACGACUGCGCAUCUCACCUCGUUCUUCCACCCCUAUGCUUUCCUGUUCCAACGUUGAGAAAAACAGGAUGACAGACGUAUCCUCGCCACUUGGAGCAAUUCUCCCAAGUUCGGCUGCAACAAACGAUGUGGAAUCCUCAACAUUACCAGACGCCGUAGAAGAUAUUCUUCAGCCAGAAGAGCCUACGGUCACGGACUUGGUAGCCCGCUUGAAAGGUCUUCCAGGUGUGAAUACACAAGAAAUGAUGAUGGAGCUUAUUCUUCGGGAAGAUCUUUUUCAGGCUGAUGAAGCUGAAGCAGCCAAAUCUCUCGAUACAAUCGAGCGCCUAAUACAAAAUGCGGGGGAUCAGCACCAAAUGCUAAUAAACACACUAGCGGACAUUCAGCGACUAAAAGUAGGACAGGCACAGUUUACCUCAGGUGGAGUUGCCGAGAUGCAGGCAAUUGUGGAAGCCGCUCGGGAAAAGGAACUGAGACAACUGCUUCUUCCCGAACAAGCAAUAGGAUCUUACACCCCUUUUGCACCAUCGGCUGAUGCCCGGAGACAACGCAUGCUGGAGAUGACAGAUCUCUUGAAGGCGCAGCCAAAGGAAGACUCUACAAACGUUCACGAUGAACAGCGCAUUGCAGAAACGAUCAAAAACUUGAAUGCAUGCAAUCUCACCACCUCCGGGACCGUGACCGACGUCUCAUUAACUGUGGCCUCACGGAAGAAGAAUCAAAUGCUCAAACUUGCGGAGUGGGCCUCUGCAAAGGCAAAUGCCUUUAAUCGAAAGGUCGAGAUACUGGCCCAAGUGCGCAAGGAACUUCUGAGGGCAUCCGGCUGCAUCUUGAGCGAAAUUUGUGAAGCCUUGAAGGCUGCUGAGCUUACAGAGUCAGCCGAAUAUUCCAAGGUGCAGACAUUGACUGAAAUGGUGGAAAGCGCCACUGUGGAGGAACAAUCCAGCGGAUUCUUGUGGAGCAUUGGCAAGGAGCAGCUCAUUGCCUCGUUAGAAGGACGACUCAAGGAGAUGAGCAACACUGGAGCUUUAUUCGAAACUGAGGCUGCCAAGGCUGAAAUCGAAGAGGUCAAAAGUGCUCUUGCUGAGGCCCGUAGGCGGCCAGACGAGUUCGUUAUGUCUUUUGAGCAUUUGCGCCCUUUUGUGUAUACGCCGGAAGGGGAAGAUCAGGACACUGUAUUGGAUAGGAACGCGUACAGCCCUGAUGUCCCAGGAAGUCAGACUUGUACUUCCCCAGACUUGUGUAGUAGUUCCACAACCAAAAGGGAUCUGAAACUCAAGGAGAAGCUUGCAGGAAUCCUAGAUAGUCUUAGAAGAUGUGAGAUAAGCCAAAGUUGCACGGUACAAAAAGCACUCAACUUCCAAGAAUGUUCAAAGUUCUACGAGCACUACUACGUUGACGACUCCGUCAACGCUGGUUCUCUGUCGUCAACGUGCAAAACUUGGGCAGCGCUUGAAACUCUGGAAAUUCAACUUCAGGCAAACAGUUCUAUUGAAGCAAUUAAGCAGGCUGUUUCUGCAUUCGAUCAAGAAUUACGGGUUCUCUUGAACGACCGCACAAGGGUCCACCAACAGUUGCUGUUGGCACGCCUAAAACAGCUAGAGCAAAUUCGAGAGCUGUCUAUAAUUGAAUCAGUGGAGCCACGGAACGUGGCGCACAAGGCAACCAAACUGUCAGCGAGCCCACAAGCUGGCGACGCUGACGUUAGUGAUCCGGAGGUUUCACGUGUACAACACGUGUGCGUGGCGAGCUGUACUGCGCAUGCAGACGAAGUUGAUGAGGCUGAGCAAGUGCAAGCAAACGCUGGGGAUGUCGAGGAGGAUAUUUGCCCUUUAGGAUGCGAUAUGGCGGUGUACGAAGCUCUUUUAGAAUUCAGAGACCAAAAAACAGCAAACUACAUGACCCUCACCGUUCAUCAAAGAGAGCUGGAAGAAUUGAAGAGGGAGUACGCGAAAGUCCAGGGGCUUCAAAAGCAACAGGCAGUUCGCUACAAGGCUGUUGAGGCAGCAGUCCAAAAGUUUCUAAGAGAGCUUCAGAGUUCACUCAACGAGUUAGAGACCGUUGUGCCACUGCGGUCUUCCCAGAUAAAAUGCUUGCUGUCUGUUGAAGAAAGAUGGCAGCUCCCUGAAAAGCUAGAUUGUGCUGUCAUUUUUAGCAAUGACGGAUUCGUUGCCCUCCGCCAACAAGUUGCAAAGCUGCAGCACGAAACAACUGACGUGGCAGACGACUUGAAGCAGCUCAAGCGUUUGCUAGCGAACGCCCAAAGAGAAAAUAAACAGAGCUCGCAGCACCUGGCAAGUCUUCGAGCAACAUUCAAAGCUGUUGAGCUAGUUAGAUUCGGUGCUUCUCUUACGCUGGAGCAAGUUGAAGCAGCUGCAGUUGCUGCAGGUCGCGAGGACAAUCAAGCACGCAGCGAGCCUGUUAGGCCAGCAUUUGAGAGAGACAUGGAAAUGGUAGCUGUCAAGCAAGCACAGCUCAAGCAGCAACAACAACUGUACAUGCAGCUCAAGAACAAGCUUCAGGGCAUAACCAAGCGUCACACUGAAUUGUUACACAGAUUCGCCUUGGCAAGAGAAAGCGAGUCAGUUCUAACCCAGCAGCUACAAGGGGAUAAGCGCCAUCGAAACACAAGCGACGACGGCACAUAUGCCAGGAUGAGGUUAGCCGAACUCCAGAGCCUAAAAGAAACGCUCAGAAAAAGCGAAUGCGAAGUUGAGAGGUUGCAAGCUCUCAUCGUGAGAAUGAAGACAAAAGGUGCUCAUGUGGAGCCGAGUAUACUGUGGCGCCGAGAUCCAGGAGUGCUUCAAGAGUAG